UAGUAAUAUGUGUCCCAUCAAAAUUUUAGUAAAAUGAUCCAAGAUUCUGAGUCAUGCCUACCUCUGUUGCAAGUGUGCACCAGCCACAAGGCGCUACUGGCAGUCCUACAACUUCUUCUAUUGGUACUGAUAACAAGCAGGACAAAAAACCCACAGUAUUAGAAACACACGGCUACUUCCUGGGAAGGACGAUAGGAACGGGAUCCUAUGCUACAGUUAGAGUUGCAAAAAGCACCAAACACCAGGAUGCGGACGUGGCCAUUAAGAUCAUCAGCAAGUUUUCAGCUCCCCAAGACUAUCUGAAAAAAUUUUUGCCCAGGGAAAUCGAAGUUGUUAAGGGGCUGAGACAUCCAAAUCUUGUUAGAUUUCUCCAAGCAAUUGAAACGACACAUAGAGUUUAUAUUGUCAUGGAGUAUGCAGAGAAUGGCAGCCUGUUGGAUAUUAUACGAAAAGACCAGUAUAUAGACGAGACACGCGCGAGAAAAUGGUUUAGACAACUUGUGGAUGGUGUAGAUUACUGCCAUGAACGCGGAGUUGUUCACAGAGACAUCAAAUGUGAGAAUUUACUGAUGGACAGCGGUUGGAACAUCAAAUUGUCAGACUUCGGAUUCGCCAGGGGCCACGUGAGACCGAAAAACGGCCACAUACCGUUAAGCGAAACUUUCUGCGGCAGCUACGCCUAUGCAUCUCCCGAAAUUCUCAAGGGAAUCCCCUACCAACCCCAGUUCGCCGACAUCUGGUCAAUGGGAGUUGUGUUGUUUGCAAUGGUUUUCGGAAGAUUACCUUUCGAUGACAGCAACUACAAAGAACUAAUUAAACAAGUCUCGAAUAAAGUGGUGUUUCCGAGGGAGCCAAAGGUUAGUACCAAUUGCAAGUUCCUGAUUACAAAAAUUUUAGCACCGUUGAAAUCUCGAUCGAGGAUGAACGCUGUUAGGGCGGAUCCCUGGUUCAAUUACGGUUUGGAAGGUGAGCAGAAUAGACCUGGAACCAGUAGAGAAUCUAACAGCUCUCAUAGAAAAAUGUCAAAAGAAAUAUCAGUUAAGCCGAACGUUAAAGAACAUGCUCCAAAAGAGCAUACUGUAAAAGAUAAACACGAAACGGCCAAAUCGAAACCCCGAAAAAGUGCCGACGAAUCGACGGAGCCAAAAAAAAAAAUCUUCUACGAAAAGGAGCUAGCCAUUCAGGAGAACAGCAAGGCGGAUCAUAAGAAAGAAAGCAAAGAUAGAAACACUGAAAGUCCACAAAGAUCUAAAUUAUAAAUUUUUUGAAUACAAUCAUUUUAUUUAAUUAUUCACUGUUUUAUUUUAUAUGGAAUUAUAUCUGAAAUAAAUUGAUGAGUAAAAACAUA